AUGGAGUGGAAGCAGCGCUUCGCACGCCUGCAGGGUGGAGAAGGAGGAGGUGGAUCAAUUGCACUUGUCACAGAAGCGGCUCUGUCGGGUUUGGCCUCGAACCUCUUCGUUUGUAGCGCUUGUGUUGGCCUCUUUAGUUUUCUUCGUGGCCGCUACCCUUUGGUCUUCUUCGGGAACAUGGCAGAUGGUACCAUGGACUCUGAUCAGCGAAGAAAUUGGAUCUCAUCCUCCUUGGCGUUGGAUUUGGAGAAGAUCACUGCCGUCAUGGGCCUAGAUGCAUCUUUGGCCAUCGAAUAUGCCAGCUUUGGGGCUCGGCUCAUGAUGAUCAUCGGGUUGCCGUUUCUUUUCCUCUUCAGCCCCUUGCACCGCUGGUAUGGCGGUGGUGGACUUGAAGAAAAGGAUUUCCUCUCAAGCAUUUCGGUGUCCAACGUGUCCAUGGGCCACCCUUGGUUGUAUCACCUUCAUGCACUGGCGGUGCUAUGGACAGUCCUAGCCGUAAGGGCCAUGGUUUUUCGAGCUCAACAGACAUUUAUGGCAAAGCGCCAUGCUUGGCUGACAAGCUUGCCCUCUCUGAGGGCAAAUACAGUGCUCGUAGAGGACAUUCCUGCUAGCUUUCAAUGCCAAGAGAAGGUGCUAACGUUCUUUAGCGAGAAUGUGGGCCCGGUGGCCCACGUUGGCAUGGUGAGGCAUACGGAGAAGCUUGAAGCGGCCAUCGAGGCACGAAACUCUACUAAAGCAAAGCUGGAGGAGGUCCGGAAGGAAGUUGAGUUUCGAGAGCUGCAGGGCAGUCCAGACAUGGAUGCCAAGAUGGAUAAGAUAAAUCUUUUGUCCCAAGAGCUGACAGAGCUUGAGUCUCAAGUCAAGGCAGAACGAGAGCACAUCAAGGGUCAGUCUGCACAAGCAGGUGGAGUGAACUCGCAUUCGGCUUUUGUAACUUUCCAUUGUCGCAAAGAUGCCGAAAUGGCGAAGGUCCUUGAAUUGAGUGGGAAUGCUGACUGGGCAGUGCACGAUGCCCCCGAAGCUUCGGAGAUUCGUUGGCACGACUUGUUGCAAGACUACAGUGUUGCUCGCUCGGCCAUUGGUUGCUUCCUCAUUUUCUUGCUGUUCGCCAACUUCUCGCCCAUUUGUUUGUUGAUAUCAUCCGCAGCUUCUGAAGUGAACGUGGGCAAGCUGCAACCCAUUUGGGAUGCCUUGGCUCCGACUCUUGGGUUGACAAUCUUCUUGUCGAUGCUGCCCACUGUCUUGUUGCUGAUCUUCGGAAGCUUCUUCAAACUGCGAGCAGAGUCUCUGGCGCAACACCGUCUUCAAACAUGGUAUUUCCUGUUUCAAGCCGUCUUUAUUCUCUUUUUGCCGGUGGUUGGGACGAAUUUCCGCAGCUUUGCCAAGCAGCUUCUUGCAGAUGACAGUUUGUCUACAAUCCUUGCACAAAUCGCCGACAGGCAGCUUGCCAUGCAGUCAGACCAUCCAUUUCUUGGCAUGUUGAUGCUGAUAUCUUCAUUUUUGCUAUCCUUCCCCUGCUCCAAGGAUACCAUUGUCAGGCGAUUUCUUCUUCAACUUUAUUGUUCUGCAGUGGUCGGUGUCCUGUGCUGGCCUCAGACUUGA